ACGUGGGUAUGGGAUGCCAAACCUAACCUUACUUUAAAAUGCGAAGGUUCUGCACGUCUGUUUGUUGAUAUUUGUUAUUUAAUAGGGUAUUUUUCAUAUAAGUAUGGCCGAUUUAAUUAAAACUAUUGAAGAUGAUGAAGAAGUUCCCGAUUUGUCGGAGCCCUCAGAUGAAGAGGACGAUUUUCAACCUCGUAAAAAAGAAAAGAAAAAGGACAAAAAAGGCGAUGAUGAUGAUUUUCAAUUUAUCACUAGUACUGAAGAUUACAACAAAGAUACAUGGAAUGAUUUGAGUAAAUACAUCAAGCGAAAGGUCAAAACAAAACUUGAUGACAAAAUAAAUAAAUUUAGAAGUACACGCAGUGCACAGAAUGGAUCUGCCAAUGAUCCAAUACAGAUCAAAGAAGAAGAGGAUGCUGGAGACGAUGUAGGGUUGUUUGUUUCUGAGGAAGAUCUUAAGAAAGAUGCAAUCAAAACAAAAGAGAAGAAGGUAAAGAAAGAAAAGGCCAAAGCAGAGGAUCAAGAUUUAAUUGAUUUUGAAGAAUGUACAAAUUACGAUACAUUAGCAACAUUUUAUAAUAUGAAUUUAUCAAGGCCACUUUUGAAGGCUGUUACUUCAAUGAACUUUGUAAAUCCAACUCCAAUACAAGCUGCAACAAUUCCAGUAGCUUUAAUGGGACGAGAUAUAUGUGGAUGUGCAGCAACAGGUACAGGUAAAACUGCAGCUUAUAUGUUACCCACGCUAGAAAGACUUUUGUACAGGCCACUCGAUGGAGCAGUUACAAGGGUGUUAGUUCUUGUACCAACAAGAGAGUUAGGUGUUCAAGUUUAUCAAGUUACAAAACAAUUAAGUCAAUUCACAAGUGUAGAGGUGGGAUUGUCAGUUGGUGGUUUGGAUGUCAAAGUACAGGAAAGUGUGCUAAGAAAAAAUCCAGAUAUUGUGAUAGCAACACCGGGCCGUCUAAUUGAUCAUUUGGCUAAUACACCCACGUUUUCUUUGGACACUAUAGAAGUUUUAAUUUUGGAUGAAGCUGACAGAAUGUUGGACGAGUACUUUGCCGAACAAAUGAAACACAUUGUGAGGCAAUGUGCGAGAACUCGUCAAACAAUUUUAUUCUCUGCGACAAUGACAGAAGAAGUUAAGGAUUUAGCUGCAGUUUCUCUCGAUAAACCUGUUAAAGUUUUUGUAGAUAGCAAUCAAGAUGUCGCAUUUAAUUUGAGACAAGAAUUCAUAAGGAUUCGAAAAGAAAGGGAAGGAGAUCGCGAGGCAAUAUUAGCUGCAUUGAUAUGUCGAACUUUUCACGACCACACAAUGGUUUUCGUACAAACAAAAAAACAGGCACAUAGACUUCAUAUUGUACUAGGUUUGUUGGGUGUAAAAGUUGGAGAACUUCACGGUAAUUUAUCACAGCCUCAACGUUUAGAAAAUUUGAGAAAGUUUAAAGACGAAGAAAUUGACGUAUUACUUGCGACUGACGUAGCUGCUAGAGGUUUAGACAUUAGUGGAGUUAAGACUGUAAUUAAUUUUGUGAUGCCUGCUACAUUGCAACAUUACAUUCACAGAGUAGGGCGAACAGCAAGAGCUGGUCGUGGGGGAGUAUCAGUGUCAUUAGCUGGUGAACAAGAACGCUCCCUGGUAAAGGAAGUAAUAAAGCAAGCUAAAAACCCAGUAAAAAAUCGUAUUAUUCCACCAGACAUAAUCGAAAAGUAUAACAAGAAACUUCAAUCAAUAGAGGAAGACGUUGAGAAUAUAUUAGAAGAAGAAAGGCAAGAUCGUGAGAUAGCAAAAAUAGAGAACCAAGCGAACAGAGCUGAAAAUAUGCUGAAGGAGUCCGACUCUAAGGAUCAACGAUCUUGGUUCCAAACUAAGAAAGAGAGACAAUCUGAGAAAGAAAAAUUAAUGCUAACAGAAAAACAGGAUAAAGAUCCCAAGUCAAAGAAUAAAAAGGAAAAGCAACCUUUAAAUAUUGUAGAAGAAAAAGCGAAAAAGGCUAAGAAGAAAGCUCCGAAAUUAGAUCCAGCAGAAGAAAGGGCGAUGAAAGAAUUAAAUAAAGUCGCUGCGUAUCAAGCAAGAAUGGCAAAGAGAAGCAAUAAAUUGAAAAAAAUCAGAACGUGCGUAGAUGAUGUAGAAACUCCAUAUACCCAUAAACAAAAAGCGAAUAAGCGCAAGGCCUCUUCGUUCGCUAAUGACUUGACGGAUACUAGUCGAAAGGGAGUCAAACGAAUGCGAUAUGAAGCAAACGACAAGAAAAAGCAAAAAACUUUUAACAAAGGCAAAUCAUUUGGAGGAAAAUCUGGUGGCAAAUCGUUUGGAGAAAAAUCUGGUGGCAAAUCGUUUGGAGGAAAAUCUGGUGGCAAAUCGUUUGGAGGAAAAUCUGGUGGCAAAUCGUUUGGAGGAAAAUCUGGUGGCAAACACGGUGGAAAAGCAGGUGGAAAACCUGGCCUUAAAAAAUCAUUUAAGAAACGAUGAUAUUUAAAUAAUAUAUAAUAGGUCAACAAAUCCUUUUGUAAUAUAAAUUUCGAAAAUAAACCAAUUGACGAAUAAAA